AUGCCGCAAGGGCCGGCUGAGAAGCCCGCCUCCAACUCGAGAUCGCGCUUCGAAUUCAUGCCGUCCAUCGCCAAAAUUUCCCUUCCAGAGGAAGCCUGCUACCGCGACCUCGCACCUCCGAUUUUCUUGGGCGCCGGCGACGUCAACUAUGCCCCAGCGUGCGGCCACCAGACCUGCGCCUCAGUUCCAAGAGGGUCGCCACCCUGGAUGACACUGGACUUUGGAAACAGCGCAUUUGUAGAUUCCGUGGUCGUGAAGGCAUCCCACGAAGGCACCAAAAUUCGAGACUACGAGCUGACAGUGGGCAAACAUCAGGACGGUAACCGCAACCCAAAAUGCCCCGAAUUUGAGCUAUGCGAAUUCCAGCCCUUCGGGGAUGUUGCCGCGUCGUGCCCCGACGCCACUCCCGCAGACUACAGCUCUGGAGAUCCCCAAAUCAAAUUGAUGGUGCGGGUCUUCCGUUGCCUCCUGCGCGCCUUCGCCUUCUUUUCCAGCCCCUUCGAGGCGCUCUCGGAGAGCCACUUCGCCGUGCCGUCGGGCUUGGUGUACUCCAUCCAUCCCGCCCCCGACGGCUGCGGAGCCGAGGUCACGGGCUCGUUCAUCCCCACGCCCUGCACUCAUCCCGGCGACCCUAUUGUGGGCCAAGUGUGCAUAGACAUCAGGGGGCCCGUCAGGGAGAAAUUCGCCCAGAGGAGGCGGUACCAGUCUGGGGGGCCCGCGUGCGCGGCGAUUCCGCACGCCGGCAAGCGCCUGCAGUGCCAAAGCGCCUAUCUGUCUGUGGCUUCGCAGGUGGCGCUCUCUGCGGAGGGACCCGUCACUAGCGGCGACAGCAUCCUCGUCGUCGCCCAGCUCAGCCCCCGCGCUUCCGUCGACGAAGAAAUUUUCCACGUCCACGGGCCGUAUGGCACUCGCCUUCGUGGCGUGCAGCCAUCCGCCAUCCAUGGCACCUACUACCUAGACGUCGAAGUGGGCGCCAAGGCGGGGACCAUCAAGAUAUGCAUAGACGAAGAUUACUUGCGCGAGCAUCGGUUCUACCCUGCAGGCUGCCUCCGAGUAUUCAAGCGCAAUGCCACCGAACUGCCUGUCCUGUCCCGUGACUUGCGCGUCGACGCCGGAGCCACUGUAACUCAACUCCCCCACAUCCCCAAGAUCCAUGUCGAUCAGAUUCACGUCGGUCACGGCGACCGCGACGUGCCCCACACGCUUCACGCUCACGAAGACAAACCCCUCGCGGAGUACUACGGUCUCGUGAACGAGGUGUUCAUUAGAGAAAGGCACGCCCAGAGGCACGGGAAGAAGCCGAGCCUGGCCGACCUCUUGGAGGCCGGGCUCCAGGACAUCGCCUCCCACCAGCGGAGCAUACAGCUGCAGCUUCGCGACAGGAGGCGCCGCCAUGAGCUGCUCACGGCGCCCCCGGUGUUGGAGGCGAGGGUAUCCAAGGGAGCGGUGAGCACGGUCUCGGACCUGACCGGCGCCCCUGCAGUGGCGGCGGUGAGGGAGGUCACGUCCGCAGCGACGGAAGCCUGCGGCCGCCACGGCGUCGGCGGCUUUCCGCUGUGCAUGGAGGUGACGGCCUGCAGGUUCGAUGCUCUUUCCGUCGGGAAUUGCGGGAGUUUGAAUGGCGCGUCGGGAGGGGGCCGGGACGCCGAGGGCGGAUGCGAAGUGGGCCGCGCUCUGGCCGCGGCGCAGCCGUGGCUGUUCCUCGUCGUGGAUGCGCUGGUCUCCUCGACGAUCGAGGCCGGCGGAGGAUCCGAUGGAGGCCAACUCGUGUUCGACGGUGACGCUCUGGUUGCCGCCCUCGGGCACAGCAAGUGCCUGCUGCAGUGCGACCUCGGCAAGGCGUGCUUCGGCCUGCACACCGUCGCCAGCCUCCUGGAGCGCAUGGAACCUACCUUCGUCCGGCAGGGCCUAGCCCUCCACCUGACACGCCUGGCCUGCCAGCCCCUGGCGUUCUCCAGCCUGUUGCAGCAGCUCCCGCAGGUGGGCGGGAUGACUAAGAUGGUGAUCCCCCGGCCGUCCUACCGGCGGCCGUCGCCUUCGAAGGCGGCCGGCUUGAGCGCCUACGAGGGCGCCGUGCUGGACAACUGCCUGCGCGACCUCGGCAUGGACCAGCCCGAGAUGGUGGCCUGUGGGCUGAAGACUCUGUUCUGGGUGUACGAAGGCAGGGAUGCGUCCUUCGCCAAACUGCCCCUACUGGCCUGCCUGGCCUGCUCCGCGGAUUCCCACCUGCGAUCCGGCGAGGAGGCGCGCGCCGGACGCGACCUCCUCGCACAUCGCAGCGGCCCGGCCCGGGCCGCCGUCGCCUCCUCUCUGCAGUACUUUGACGGGAUCGACAAAGACUACGCGACGGCCAUGAUGGCACCCGAGGCGGUGGAGGAGGGCGUGGAGGCCGUGCGCUUCAUCGUGGAGGUCUACCAGACGCUGUUCGAGCAAGUGGACUCGCUGCCCGAGGCGGGGAGAGCACCGGAAGGCUACGACGACGCCAUCCACCGUGUGCUUCCCCUGGUCGUCGCCGCGCACAAGAAGCUGGCGGAUGCCGGGGAUGGCGACGCCGCCCUGGCCCUCGCUGACUCCCUCAUCGCCUUCGAGAACCACAUCACGGCCGACGAGUUCGCGAGCUACAGGGAGGAGGCGGUCGUGGUCCUGGGCAGUGUCCUGGGAUCGGCGUUCAGGCCGUGCCACAGCUUGGCCGGCUGCCGCCCACGCCUGGACUCCGCUCUGCGCGAGUACCUACCUUUGCUGGAUGCCAUGAAUGCGGCGUCACACCCUGGCGCAGGCGUCCAUGGGGACGUUCUUGAUCACGUAGGUGCGUCAGCGGACGAAGCCUUGUCUUUGCUGGGGGUGAGGCUGGGAGGGGUGGGGAGGCAGGAGGGGGAGGGAUGGCACGCGCUGCUGCCCGCGCUGGAGCGCCUGCUGGAAGGCGACGGGGAGGCCGGCGGGGGGCGGGAGUUGGCGGGCUACCUGGGGAAUGGGAUGUCUGUAGCGGUGGUUUAG